GAAAAGAAAAAGAAAAUGGAAGAAUCACAUAAUAUUAAUAAUAGUAAUAUUAAUACUAGCAACAAUAAUGAUAAUAAAUAUAGCAAUAGUAAUGAUUACGAUCUUGGUAUCAAUAAUAAUAAUAAUAUUAAUAAUGGCAAAGCUAAUCAUGAAAUCAAUGAUAAUAAUAAUGAUAAAAAUGCUAAAUUAAAGCAAUUUUCCACUAAUAAUAAUUCAAAAAGUGAAAUCUAUAAUUCAGAAAAUUCAAAACAAAAAGAUAUUAUCGAUAAUAAUGAAUUAAUAUUCGAAAUUACAAACCAUGUACCUACAGAAACAAAAGAUGAUCCAAAGAAUAUUAUCAAAAUAGCAGUCGAGAAUAAUAAGAUAGAGAAUCAAAUAAAUAAUAAUUCGAAAGUUAUGGAGAAAGAAACUAAAGAAAAUAUAAAAUUGGAUGCAACAAAAAAUCUAGAAGCGAAACAGAUUCAAGACAGAAUUAACACGGAAGUUGAAAAAUAUGAGAAUAAAAAAUAUGAUAUAGUUACAUUGAAUGAAAAUAAAUACAAUAAUAUAAAAAAUGAACAUAGUUCUAACGAAGAGGAUACACGCGAACUAAAAGGAUAUCUAAAAAACGUAAAAGAUAAUGAUAAACAAAAAAUAAUUUUAUUAAAGUCUAAAGUUGAUCAAAUAAAACGAGAUUUAUUUAGCGAUGAAGAAGAGGUGUUAAAGAAAGAAGAAACAAAUCUUUCAGCCAAACAGAAAGACAAUAUUUCUACUGAAGUACUUGAUACUAUUAAAAAUACAGAUAUAGAAAAUAACGAUUCGGAAAAUCCGAAGAGUUUAUCAUGUGUACUUCAAUGUUUGCAGCUCGUUCCUACAUGUAAACAUGAUUGUAAAAUAGAAUCUCAAUGUACGAAAUACAAUCGUAAAAUGGAUCUUAAUGUAACUAUUCCUAAUUCGGUAGAGUAUCAUUUUCUACAUGACGAAGUAACAUCUUUCAAAAAAAGAAGGCGAAGAUACAGUAAUCAUGAGUUGGAACUUCAAAUUAAUAUUGUUUUAAAUGAUCAAAAUUAUGAUGAAAAUGUUAAAGUAAUGACAGCUACAGAUUAUGAAGAGAUAUUUAAUCUACCGCCUAAAUCUAGGAAAAGAUUGGGAAAUCGAAAAUCACCAAUUAAACAUGAAAAUAGUUGCGAAACAUCGAAUAAAAUUUCUAUCGAUACUUUAGCAAUGAAAAAUGUGCAUGAAAAACCUUUAGCAACUUCAUCUCCAUUGGAAAAACCAUUUACAUCUACAAUAAAAAAAAGUACUAUCAAAACUGCUACAAUGAAUGAAAAAAAUAUUGAAGUACAACAUAAUAAUAAAAAACGACUAAAAAUAGAUAAAAUUCGAGAAGAUAAUAAAGGCAAUAUUAUUGCAAAAAUUUCAAAAAGAAAAAUAUCAGAAUUAAAAGAAAGUAAACAGACUGAAAAACGACAAUGUACGACAGAUCCACAAACAUUACUAAACAAUUUAGAUCUGGAUAAGUUUUUAACUUCUGUUCAUGGACCAGCAUGAGCAUUAAUUUAGUUCUUCAACAUUGUACAGAAACAUAAAACAUAUAAACAUGUGCGCGCGUUAUAAUAUAAAAAUUGGGCAUUCUUUUAUCCUUUUUAAUUUUCUAGGAAACUAUUUUGUUAAACUUAUUAGCAUAAUGUGUAUAGUACAUUUAUAUAAAUAAAAGUUAUUUCUGUGUA